AUGUCUUGGUCAGAAAUCCCGGCCAAUACAUCUCCUCGAAGCCAGGCCGGGUGCCGGAAAGGGCCUCUCCAACCGGGUGCUUCCGCCGCGCCGAGGCCUUUUGCCCGGUUUAGGUGGGUCCCUCCCAUCGGUCCUCCGCUCAAGGACACGUUCGUGGUGACUUCCCCGGGCGUGAAUGCAACGGUCGACAUAACAGGGACCUCGGGCGUUGCAGCCGCCUCGGGCCUCCUGCAUUACCUCAAGUACUCCUGCAACGCACAUGUCUCCUGGGAGGCCGAUCAGCUGGAUCUGCCGGAUGCCCUUCCGGCUGCGCAGAUCAAGCUCACUUCGGUAGACAGGUUCCGUUACUACCAGAACGUGUGCACGGCGUCCUACUCCAUGGCGUGGUGGAACUGGACGAGGUGGGAGAGGGAGAUCGACUGGAUGGCGCUGAACGGCAUCAACCUCCCCCUGGCGUUCACGGGGCAGGAGGCCAUCUGGCACCGCGUCUACACCGCCCUGGGACUCACGCAGGAGGAGCUGGACGAGCACUUCUCCGGGCCAGCGUUUUUCGCCUGGGUCAUGCAAGGCUGGAUCUUCUACAACGCUCAGCAGUUCUGGCACACCGAACAGGCUAAGGCACUGCUCACUUCAGUGCCAAUUGGUCGUCUCCUGGUGCUGGACUUGGCCUCCGAGCGAGCGCCUCAGUACAACCGCCUCGAGUCCUACUUCGGGCAGCCCUUCAUCUUCAACAUGUUGCACAACUACGGCGGCGUCGACGGCCUCUUCGGCAACGUUGGGACGCUGUUGCAGAACCUGCAGGAGGCGCGGACGUACCCCAACGUGACGAUGGUGGGCACGGGACUCACGCCGGAGGGAAUUAACCAGAACUACGUGAUGUACGAUUUCAUGAACGAGAUGGGCUGGAGGCAGCAGGCGCCCAACGUCACACAGUGGGCCGCCGACUACGCCCGCAGGCGGUACGGGGGCAGCGACGCCCGUCUGGCCACCGCCUGGCAGUACCUGAUGAGGAGCGUGUACGACUGCCAGAUUUUCCUUCGAUUCCACGGACGACAUAUCAUCAUCGCCCAGCGUCCGAAACUUCGUCCGAAUUACCUACGCAGCGUGUACAACGAGUCUUCCCAAACCUCGAACCACGGACAGUAUGUUCUGGUGACUGUGCCGAGGCUCGACCGCAAGCCCGACGGCGUGACAGCGUGGAGAUAGCAUUGAGACUCCACGCCAAAUACAGGCCAAUUUACGAUGCGAAGUUCCUUGGCUAUCUUGAAAUGAGAUACAGGCAGGUACUGAAGAGAGAGGAGUGGAUGAAGAUGAAGAAGGAGGGGAAGAUGAGGAAAAGGAUGAUGAAGAAGACGAAGGGGAAGAGGAAGAAGGGGAAGGAGAUGAAGGGAAAGGGGGAGAAGAUGCUGGACUCGUGGCGGGAAAAUAGUGUCAAGGCGUUUGAGGAAUAAGAGUGAGAGAGAGAGAGAGAGAGAGAGAGGAAGAGAGAGAGAGAGAGAGAGAGAGAGAGAGAGAGAGAGGAGAGAGAGAGAGAGAGAAAGAAAGA